AUGGAGCUCUGCUUGCCGGGGGACGAGGUUCCGCUCAACGGGGCCCAGCCAGGGCUCGGGGUGUCGCUGGACUCGGAGGGCCGCGCCUUUGCGAGCACCGCGGGGGUGCUGAGGAUCUCGGAGGAGGUGCGAGUAGAGAACCUGCGGAAGCGGUACGUGCCCCGGAAGGGCGAUUACGUGGUGGGUAUCGUCAUGGCGCGAAAUGCAGACUUCUACAAGGUGGACAUCCGUGCGCCUUCUCCGGCCUUUCUGCCCACGCUGUCGUGGAAUAGCGCGACGAAACGGAAUCGGCCUGUCUUGGAGAUCGGAACUUUGGUGUACGCUCGCGUGGAGGCGGCACACCCGGACCUGGACACCGAGCUGUCGUGCAUCGACCCGGACACCAAAAAGUCAUGGAGCACGGGCGAGGUGCUGCUGGGGGAGCUAAAGGGCGGCUACAGCUUCGAGGUGGCCCUCAGCGCCGCGCAGCGCCUGCUAGGCGCUGAGUGCUUCAUUUUGGAUCGCCUGGGGAAGGACUUUGCCUUUGAGCUUUGCGUGGGCCAAAACGGACGGGUCUGGCUUUCGGCGGCCACGGGCCGGGAGACCGUGUUGCUGCUCCAGGCGAUCAAAAGAAGCUUUGGCAUGACCAACGUUCAGAUCGAGGCGAUGGUCGGCAAGAUGGUGGAGACCUUCUCCUGUGAGACUCCGGAUGCGGCAGAUGCCUCGGAAGAUCCCUGGAGAUCCGUCCAGCCCUGGCUGUUGCGCCAGGGCGGCAAGGCGGACGUCCAAAAGGUGACGCUGGAGGCAGACAAAGAGCGCCGCGUCGUCGCGGCGGCGGAUCUGAAGAAAGGCGAGCCGCUCUUCCACAUCCCUCAGCAUCUUUGGUUCACGGCAGCCGGCCUCACCUCCCACGAGGCAGGCCGCCUGGCGCUGAAGUGGGCGGCCAAGCCUCCAAGCGAGAUCGGGCUCUCCCACGAGCAUGUGGAGCUUUGCUUGCUGGCGCUGCUUCUGCUGCUCGAAAAGGCGGCGAGGCAGUCUCGCUGGGCCGAGUACAUCUCAGCGCUGCCUUGGUCUGCGCGGUUGCCCUUGACCUGGUCGCCGGCGGAGAUGAGCCGGCUGCGGGGUGCUGCGCCCCAGUGGCAAAUCGAGGAGAAGCAGAAGCAGCUGGAAUCAGCCUUUUCCUCGCUGUCUGCUUGCCUGAAGGGCCAAGCAGCAGCGGAGCUGAAAGCCGCAAGCCCCAGCAGCAGCGACUUCAUCUUGGCCUUCUCGCUGGCGCACUCCCGGGCUAUGGGCAUCUCCUCCGAUGGCGAAGGCAGGCAAUGGCGCUUGGCCAUGUUGCCCUUUGCGGACAUGUUGAACCACAGCAGCGCGCCUGAAGUGGAUUGGGACGUGGUCCAGACGAAGGAGGGCCUCUGCGCCGUCUUCCGCGCGUGUCGGGAUGCGGCCAAGGGGUCUGAGUUGCACAUCAGCUACAAGCGGGCCGCCUCCGCGCAGGCCUUCUUCGCCACCUAUGGCUUCAUUGAGGACUCGCAGAAAGUGACCCCCAGCGAGCUGAGGAGGUCGGCGCAGAGUUUGCGGCUGCUCGCUUUCCGCUGCCCCUCGGAAGGGAGCGAGUUGGCGGCCCUGACCAAGCUGCGCUCCUGCCUUCGGGAUCGCCUCGCGUCCGCGGAAGCCGCAGAAGCCGUGGAAGCGGAGGCCGUUGGUGCCGUGGUGCGGCUUCGGGAGGCCGACACUUUGGCGUGGCGCAGGUGCGGGCGACUGCGCUUUUACAGGGCGGAGCCCUGGUUUCGACAUGAGGGCUUGCUGCCGUCCUCGGACCCGUCGCUGGGCACACUGAUAUGGAACUUUCUGGUGUUGGGUGCCACAGCCUUCGGGGGCCCGCCAGUGCACAUCGGCAUGUUCCGGGCGCGGUUUGUGGAGCAGUAUGGGUGGCUGUCCAGCGAGCGCUUCGCUGAGCUCUUCGCCAUGGCCAACUGCCUGCCUGGACCAUCCAGCACCCAGGUGGCCUUUGCAAUCGGCAUGACUCAAGGCGGAGUGCAAGGCGGGUUGCUGACGGGCUUUAGCUUCAUUCUGCCUGGCGCGAUCAUGCUUUCUCUGCUGGGCUUUGUGUCCUCGUCCUUGGCGGAGCAAAUCGAAGAGCCGGCCUCGCCGGCUAACGCGGUCGCGAUCGCCUGCAGCGCUGUGGGCGUCGCGCUGGUCUUUAUCGCCAUAAGUGGCUUGAUCAAGAAGCAGGUCAUGGAAGCUGGCAACGUUACAGUGCUAGGUGGCAUCUGCUUCUUCACGGGGGCGGUGUGCUUGCUGGUGCACCCUGCGCCGGCGUGGCUGAACCCGAGCCUCAUCUUCCUGGGGGGUUUGGUCACCACGAUCCGCCCGGUGACGGCGGACGUGGAGAUGACGCCAGCCAAGGAUAUUGGCAAGUCAGGCAUGCCGAUGCCGCUGGCUGUGGGCAUCUUCCUGCUGUACGGCGCGGUGGCUGCCUUCACGAUUUGGCGGGACACCUUCGCGAAUGACUUCGUGAUGCCCUUCCUGACAGCAGGUAUGUUCGUGUGGGGCGGCGGCCCCGUAGUCCUGCCCAUGCUGAUGACGUAUUUGACGCCCCACUGGAUCUCCCCGACCAUCUUCCUAGCCGGAAUCUCCUUCGCUGAGAUGAUGCCGGGGCCUGUCUUCAACAUCUCCUGCUUCCUGGGCAUCCAGCUGGCCAUCAACAGCGGGUGGUUCUGGCUCAGCGGCAUCGCUGCCUGCUGGGCAGGGCUCAUGCUGCCCGGCGUGAUCCUGAUCUUCGCAGCCUACACGCUCUGGGACGAGUUGCGGAAGCAGAAGCUCUACCAGCACGCGCUGCCAGGUCUGAAUGCCGCUGCUGUGGGCUUGCUGCUGCCGACCAUGUUUGUGGUGUAUGACACCUUGCAGGAGCGGAGCCCUUGGAAGUCAGGCAGCAGGGCAUUGGUGGUGAUUGCCUACUACCUGAUCGAGCUGGUCAAGGUCAACGUGCCCGCAGUGGUCAUCGCCUUUGGCGCGGCAGGGCUGCUGUGGUCUCUGCAGUGA